AUGCCCGCGUGUGCAUGGGAUAGCCCGAUCGUGAGGUGCGAGCCUUGCAAGGCUCCUGGCUGUCAGUACCGUGCCAUUCGCGAUUCCGAUUACUGCUGCCGAUGUUGCCAGUUCGCCGCUUGCCCUGACAAUGCCAACGAGGCUGCAGAGACCUGCCCGCGAGCACCAGAUGGCCACGAACCAGACUGUCCCCGACUUGAGCGCAGCAUAUUGCAGAGAAGUUGGUGGGAACGAUUUCGGUGCGAUCAGGCCUACGACGAGGACGCGGCCUGCCUUGUCGUCCCGCCUGAUAACUUCGAGAACCUGGCCGAGCCAGCAGCAGUGCUGCUUUUCUUGACAGGCAACGGUCACGUCGAUGACCGUGAGGACUUCCUUUGGGGUGGCGUAGACUGUCUCUUGCGCAACCCAGAGAUCCGGUCCAACUUCUUCGUCGUCAUGCCGAAGCCGACGAGCAAGUGCGGCCUGCUGAGGUACACGGGCGACGGCUGGAGAAAGACGUGGGCGGAAAACGCUGUGUGGGCCCUCUUCACGGAGGUGCUGCGGCGGCUGGGGCCAUCGCGGGUGGACCCAGCACGGCUCUACGCCACCGGGUAUUCGCUGGGAGGCGCCGGCGUGUGGCAUUUAGCAAUCCUCUUCGGCCAAUACAUGGCAGCCAUCGCGCCGAUCUCUGGGGGUUGCGGGUGGCCUGGCGACUCCUGGCCGCGGAGGAGCAACCCAGAACCGACCAAGCUGGCGCGGUUGGAGGCGCUGGCUAUACGAGCCUACCAGAUCGACGUGGACGAGCGGGCCGGCAACCCAGCGAGGGACAUGGCCUGGCUGUGCUGGUCGGUAGCAGAGGAGAACGAGGAGCUCUGCCUACGAGGCGUGGACCCCGGGACGACCGUGGAGGUGAAGACGCGCCGGUGGCAGCGCCCAGCUGGCGAGGCCUGGGAGCUCUGGGUGGCUGCUGGGCCUCUGCAGGACCACAGCCAUUGGAAGCGGUCGGGAGGGGACCGCCACUGCCUGUGGACGCGGGUAUACCCCUUCCCAGAGUGGGGCAUGGCCGGGUUCCUCCUGCGGCAUUCCGUGCCGCAGGCGUCGCAGUGGCACUUCGACGACCCCCCCCUGCUGGUGGACACAACGGAGGUCCGGAGGCAGCAGGAGGUCUCCUGGGCGGCGGCGGCGGAGGAGGCGAAGGCACAGGCUGCCGCCCCUGCCUCUGGCGAGGACGCGCAGGCAUCGCCGCCUGCAGGCGGCACUGCCGGCGAAGAGUCCGCGCGCGGGGCCGGGCAGGACAGCUGCGAGGGCGGCUACUCUCCUGGGCCAGCCGUGGCCCACGAGCCAAAGAAGGCCCGCGUCGCGGAGGAGGCGCUGGAGACCGCCAAGGCCCACGAGUUCACAGCAGGCGCGAUCGCGGCGGAGGCCGAGGCAGCGUGA